CAGCGAGACGGCACUCACACACCAGCCAGACGCAUGUCAGUGAGCCAUCGACCUUUCACUCACGCGGGUGCUACCACAACGCUCCGGGAACUCUUGUGUCUGGGCUACAUGGAUGUCCUCGGAUGGCUGUGCCUAUAACCACCAGACCAGGCGUCUAAGGAACAGUGAAGAGCACCGGGCCUUAUAGGAAACAUAUAACUUUAUUUUUAAUAGAAACAACGGCCCGUUAGAUCUCUCGUCGAAAAUGACUGAAAAGGUUCCUGUAAAAGAGGAAGGGGUCGCCUCUAGUUCCAAGGAAAACAAAGAGGAAAAGGAGCAUGUGGCAAUAUGGGUGAUCAUAGCGGUCAUAGCCACAGUACUAGGAUCUGGCAUUCCGUCCGGCUACUGCUUAGGAGUCAUCAAUACACCGCAAGAGAUCAUCCGAGCGUGGGUGAAGGCAACAGUACUGGCUCACUCAGACCACGUAUUGACCCAGAGCGAGGAACUGUACCUGUGGGCCGUCAUCGUGUCAACUUUCGUCGUUGGGGCAGUUAUGGGCUGUCCUUUAGGAGGGUUCUUGGCUCACAAAGCUGGGCGGCGCUUGGGGCUCUUCAUUAAUCACAUUCUGUUCUUGCUGGCUGCUUCCCUGUGCGCUUCCUGCAAAGAAGCCGAUUCCAUUUACAUGUUAAUAUUUGGCCGCUUCAUUUCUGGAAUUUGUGCAGGUCUAUCUUCCAGUCUGAUGCCGAUGUACCUAUCAGAAGUAGCACCAGCAGCAUUGAGAGGAGUAAUGGCAGUCUUACUCCCCUCUGCGAUGUGUUUAGGACUUUUGUUAUCCCAAAUUUUGGGACUGGAAUAUAUCAUGGGUACAAGAGAGUGUUGGCCAUAUUUAGUUGGAGGCUUUGGGGUGCCAGUUCUGGUGGCCCUACUUUUACAACCUCUUCUUCCAAUUUCACCAGCUUACUGCUUUAUAGUUUUAGAGGAUGAAGGCAGAGGAAGAAAAGCCCUCCAUCGGCUCCGAGGUGGUCCCUCCAAGAGCACCGAGGCAGAGGAAUUGGCACUGCGAUCCCUCAUGAUCAAGAACCAGUUCAAAGAAGAUGGUUUAGGUCUUGCGUGCAUGGUCAAGAAUGAGAAGUACAGACUACCUAUGCUCAUAGUUAUGAUCUUCAACAUGGGACAGCAGUUCUCAGGGAUUAAUGCUGUAUUCUACUAUUCAACACUGAUCUUCAGAAGUGCAGGCUUAAGCAUUGAGGAGAGUCAAGGGGCGUCCAUCGGUGCAGCUGCUGUAAACUGGAUAGUCUCCAUCAUAGCUAUACCACUCAUAAGAUACACAAGGAGAAGAGUUUUACUCAUAUAUUCUGCUGCCCUUUGUGUCAUUGCUCAAGGCAUUCUAAUGACGUCCCUGGCACUCAUCCCAACAAUAUCGUUUGCCUCUUAUGUAUCUAUAGUUGCUCUCCUGUCAUUUGUGCUGGUUUAUAAUCUUGGUAUAGGUCCAGUUCCAUUCAUGAUUGCUACAGAAUUGUUCUCUGUGGGACCUCGGUCAGUUGGCAUUUCCAUAGGCAGCACAAGCAACUGGCUUAGUAAUCUUAUUGUGGGCCUUACCUUCCCACUUGUACAGGACCUGAUUGGAGAAUAUUCAUUCAUUUGCUUCAUGGUUUCAAACAGUUUACUGUGGAUAUUCACCUACAAGUUUCUGCCUGAAACUCUUGGGAAAGAAGACUUGACAACAUCUCGUAGUCCUAGUUCACUGGAAAACUCCAGCAUUGACGCACCAACUGAGGUCUAAUCAAAGUUCACAAUAAAUCUAAAUCUUCCGUAUAUUUUAAGAUUUGUUGCCAACUUGUUUAGUGAGAUGCAAAUGAUAAAAACUUCAUACAAUUCAAAUACAAGAAACAAUCACAAAACAUGUAAUGGGAAGCUAAGUACAAUAAUUAAAAUGGCAUGUACUCAUCACUCAUAUUUAGUACAGAGUACAGCAUAUAU